UUUUCAAUAUUGUACUUUUGCUAGUAACUAAUAAAAGCCAUCGAUAUUUGAUAAGUUAAUAUUAAAAUUAACCAUUAAAACGAUUUUUAUCUUAUUUACUUACCCGUUUACGGGAGAGUGCGAACAAAAUAAAUAAAAUAAAUCUUCGUGUGUAUAGUUCAUUAUAUUAUAUACUCGCACACCGAAGGUAAAAAAAAAGUAUAGUAACGAUAAUAAUAAUGUGUACCUACUUUAUAAUUAUGUUGUUGGCGUUCAUAGACGGGACAAGAAAAAAGAUCGGAGGAAGAAAAAAAUCAAAAAAAAAAAAGACCUUAAAUAUAGCCAGUCAGAUCGGCUUUUGCACGGUCCACGUGACGACGAAGAAGUCGAACACAGUCCGAGACGCUGGUGCAGUGGUGGCGGGGCGGAAGGUAAUUGAAACGUUACGAGCUCACUCCGCGGCGGCGGCGGUGGGUGCACACCGUCAUCAACAGGCUACGGCCGCCGCCGCUAAGCAUGCGUCGGCGGGACGCCACACGCCGCCGCGACGACGGCGUAACCACCCCGCACCACCGCCACCACCCCCGACAACCGUUUUCUUUUUCUUCCGACAUUCUUUGCGCCCCCGUUUUCUUUUCUCCCGCCUCUUCUUCUUCUCGUCGUUCUUCUCGUCCUGCCGCGCACUCUUUCUUAUAUAUAUUAUAUUAUAUGUACACACCACCGCCACCGCCGCCGCCGCCGCCGCCGCCACCACCAUCCUCCGUCACCGCUGUCGCGUAUCGUUUUCCUUCUUCCGUUUCUUAUUGCCUCGCCACCGCCGUCGCCACUACCGCCACCGCCACCGCCGCCGACCCGGGCCAGCGCGGUCUUCCGCAGAGCACAGACACGCACGCACGCAACAAACUCCGCCCACGGCGGGGCGCGAACACCUUCCGCCGCCGGCCCCGUCCUCUUUCGUGGCCAACGGCGGUAAACCAAAGCUCCGCGGCGGCCGCAACCUCCGACCGACGAACCGGCCGCGAAAAAAAAACGCUUUUUUAACAGUCAGUCGCGCCGGUCCGCCCGUCCCCGACGAAACGCACACCGCAGCGGCCGCACCACCGUCGUCAACACCGUCGACGUCGACGUCUUCGUAUAGUCUUCGCGGUUUUUUUCCCCCGUCUCGUCGCGUGAUUAUUUCGUUCCCGUCUCGUCACCGCCGAACAUGCACCUGUCGGAACCGAUGAGGAACCGCGACGGUUUCCUCAAGGCCGACGUGCUGGCCGAACGGACGCUGGACAGCCUCCUGGCCGAACACCCCGGCGAGCUGGUCCGCACCGGUUGCCCGCACGUCGUGUGCACCGUGCUGCCCACGCACUGGCGGUCCAACAAGACGCUGCCGGUUGCCUUCAAGGUGGUGGCUCUCGGCGAAGUGCCUGAUGGCACGCCGGUCACCAUUCGCGCUGGAAACGACGAGAACUUUUGCGCGGAGCUCCGCAACUGCACCGCCUUGAUGAAGAACCAGGUGGCCAAGUUCAACGAUUUGCGGUUCGUCGGCCGGUCCGGUCGAGGAAAAAGUUUUACGCUGACUAUAAUGUUGAAUUCGUGUCCACCGCAAGUAGCCACUUAUUCCAAAGCCAUCAAAGUCACAGUGGACGGUCCCAGAGAGCCGAGGUCGAAAACCAGCCUAUUAUUUAACUCGUUUGCAGGAAACCAAGGGUUCCAUCCUUUCCACUUUGGACCUAGACCUUUCCCGUUCGGUACGCCACUGGAUCCCAAUAGAAUUGCAGAAUUGCCGUUAAAAUUAUCAGGUAAACAUGUCAUUUUAUUCUAAAAUUACUAUGAAAUGUCCCAAAAAUAUAUUAUUCCACUCAAAUGAUUUUUUUUUUAUGUUUUUAGUCAUUUAAACAGAUACAUUGCGCAUAAUAUAAUUCAAUUUUAUCUUAUAGUAAUUUAUUCUGCACCGAGUACGAAUGUACGAUUACAAUUAU